GCCAACUACGCCAACUACACGGAGCGAAUAGCCAACGUGUCCCCCACCGACGUCACCAGCCUCAUCUACCUGAGCGGCUACUCGCUGAGCCUGGCCGUGCUGUCGCUGGCAGUCUUCGUCUUUUUAUACUUUAAGGAUCUCAGAUGUCUAAGAAACACAAUACACACAAAUCUCAUGUCAACGUAUAUUUUAUCAGCGUGUAGUUGGAUAUUAAAUUUAGCUUUACAAAAUUGGUCGGAUGAAGCGCAGCAUGAACAAACGUCGUGUAUGAUACUCGUGAUAUGUAUGCACUAUUUUUAUCUCACUAAUUUCUUCUGGAUGUUAGUUGAAGGUCUAUACUUGUACAUGCUAGUCGUAGAAACUUUCACAGCAGAAAAUAUAAAAUUAAAAGUUUAUACUACCAUUGGUUGGGGUGCUCCAGCCGUAUUCAUCACGGUAUGGGUGAUAUCCAGGUGUUUGGUCAGCAUCGUGCCUUCGACGGACCCCGACGGGUUAGCAAUAAUGGGGGACACGAAGAUGUGCUUAUGGAUCCACGAGCACCAGGUGGACUGGAUCCACAAGGCGCCGGCGCUGGCGGGGCUGGCUCUCAACCUGUUCUUCCUCAUUAGGAUUAUGUGGGUAUUAAUAACAAAGCUGCGAUCAGCGAACACGCUGGAAACGGAGCAGUACCGCAAGGCCACAAAGGCGCUGCUAGUCCUCAUCCCACUGCUGGGCAUCACCAACCUGCUGGUGCUGUGCGGGCCCAGCGACGACUCCUGGUUUGCCCACGCCUUCGACUACACGAGGGCACUCAUGUUGUCUACACAGGGUUUCACAGUAGCGCUGUUCUACUGCUUCAUGAACACGGAGGUCCGGCAUGCGAUCCGGUACCAUGUAGAGCGGUGGAAGACUGGACGGACCAUCGGCCGGGGGCGGCGGAGGGGCGCCUCCUACUCCAAGGACUGGUCGCCGCGGUCCAGGACCGAAAGCAUUAGGUUGUACAGCCACCCGUCGAAGCGAGAGUCGGCGGCGUCGGAGACCACCACCACGACGCUGCUGGUGCCGAGGACCUCGCUGGCGCUGCACUAUGAUGGACGGCAUCUGCAUGCGGAUUACAUCACAAGCGGGAGUGCGAGCGGAGACCAGUCGCCGGUGUGAGGCGGGGGGCGGGGGAGGCUCUCUCGCCUGCGCACCCUUCCUGAGGAGGACGCGCCCCUCGAAGCGACCCCCGCCUCCCCCGCCUUCCCUGCCUCAAAUGACCCCAACAUCCCCGUGAUCACAGUCCCCAAAAAUCAAGCGAACACUAGUGAUGCGAAAUCUAACGGACCUUUUGCAAACCGGACUGACGUCGGUUCUAACUUGUUCGAUUAAUGCAUUUAAUAGAUCUUAAACUCAUUUAUAAACUGCAAUUUUCACUUUAUAUGUAAAUACAUAAUUACAUUGCUAUCGAUGGUUAAAAGUAAUUUUGAAUUGAUGUAUAAAAUUAAGAUUAAGUACUUAGUUCAUUGUUAUGCAACGACGUAUUGUGUAUUUUUUAUUCGUUAACAUAUUCUCUGUAAUAUUUUAGCUCAGUAAUUACCUAAUAUAAAAACUUAGCCAUAAGUUAAAUGUAUUUAAUAGAUCUAAAAGCUAAAAAAAGUGUGCCAUAAUGAUGGCCGUUCAGGCUAAAAAGUUCUAGGAUAAAAACUCUAUCUUGUCUAGCCCCUAGCCUACCAGUAACAUAAUUCAGCUAUGCGAAUUCUCAGUGGUGUGAAUUGGGUAACCUCCAUACCUCCAACCUUGGGUAUAUACCUCCAUAUAACACUAAGUAUCUAAAUGAUUCACCAAAAUAUUAAA